AUGAUGAUGUCUUCAGAUGAACAACCCAGUACUGACAUUAUCCCCAGUGACUUUGCAACAGCUGUAAAUUCCUCGAGGUCCAAUAUAAUUCAUCCUAGUACAGAUAGUGAAACUGACGAUUCUUGGCAGGAAAUAAAUCCUAGAAAAAAGACUAAAAGAUCAAACAAUGUUGAAAUGCCUACGGAUCCUAGGGAGCAAUCAUCGCGUCCCAACCUUCUACUUCUAGAGAUGCAAACAUCAUACCAAAAGUCAGUCCACUAUGAUGAAGUCAUCGAUGAAGUUAUAGCUCAGUUUGUCUUAUAG